CUGUGCCAAUGUACGCAUCAGUGGCAUCACAGUAGCGGCGGACCGACGACAAGUACGCCUAUAACAAAACUGCAUAUCUGCUGCGGUAAUCACUUCACAUCUCGGUGGCCAGGUCCCUUAGGCUCCAACUCUACGCAGACGGUUCCUGAAGCAAAAUAUAAUCAUGGAGCUUGGGACUAUUCGGUGGACCGACCGGCUGCCCCCGGAAGUCUGGCAGAUUGUCCUCGGCUUCGCGACCUUUGGCACAACCCGGCAAUGUCUAGCUGUAUCCAGGCUUUUUCACGAUCUCGCCGCUCGCAGGCUCUUUUCGUGGCUCCUCAUCCAGUUCGGCUCUUGGGAGGUCGUCCGCCAUCGCUUCGCAAGUGCGAGCGCGGAAGGAGACACUAGCAGCUUGAGCGGGUGCAAAUCUUACGAUGUGCUCAUACGCGUCAUCAAUGACCCCGUGUUUGCCUCGUAUGUCAAGCAUGUGGGCAUAGCCGCAUAUGCAAAGGAAAUCACAAACUCCGAGAUGUGCAAACUUACUCAGGCCGUUGGUGCCAUGCACAACUUGCGGUCUUUCGGGUGGUACACGUCUUCCCAUACGUUCAUGUUGCCCAGCAAUGAGCUGUUGGAAACGCUAACAUCGACCUGCGGUCGUCUUCACAUUGACAUUCCAUAUGUCUUUGGAUCAGGGAGGGAGCAGUACGACGCUCACCGCAAGUCCUUCGUGUCGUUGUUGGAGACAUACAGAGGAUCGUUGGCUGAACUCUCCAUGCCGAACCUAGGAAUGCGGGACUGCCCAACAUAUUCACUCCAGGAUCUAACCCAUCUGGCGAUCACCUACAUUGACGAACAUGAUGACAUUGCUGUCGUGUUCCGUUAUUGUACUCGACUCGAGUCGCUGGAUCUAAACUAUAUCCCGGUUUUGGCUCUCAGCGCCGCUGUCACGGAGAGCCCCUCGGCACUUCCUCACUUAACGCAUCUCAAGCUGUGUUUCAGCUCUUCUCCAAUAGGCCGGGGGGCUUCCCAGCCGAUCGCCGACUUCAUUCGGUCGAAGAAGAAACUACGCUGCCUGGAUUAUGCUGAUGAAGCCAUGAGCAUCAUGGCGCAGAGUCCUGUCAUGUCGGCGAUCAAGUCUCUGGCCACAUUGGAGGUCCUCGGCCUCAACUUUUGGAAGGAGUUCCUUGAAGCAGAAGAGUUUACCUUGUUGCGCCAUACGAUUCCCAGCACCAUAACAGCGCUGCGGCUUUGCCUCGACUACGAAGUCCUCGAUGAGGACUGCCAGUGGAUUGAUAUGUGGGCGGGCCUUCCUGGGCUAGUCUUUGCGUACGUUGAUGACUGUGAACACGGGCCGAUUGUGAAGACUAUCGACCUUGCUACUGCUGCCAAGUCCCUUGAACUUGUCGGCCAUCGUUCCAAAUUUCACGAAAUAUAUCGCACAGACGAUAGAGUCACGCUGAGCGAGCCCUGGUCUCCCACUCAAGUUGAGUUCCGGAUAGCUGCUGAUUUCGGAUGUGAUGACUGGGAGUGGUUACUUCGCGGACAUGUGACGAAAGAUUAUUGAACGUUGUCGUCGGUGGAAUCAGUAGAGAAGGAGACACUC